AUGUCCGGGACAAAGCGCGGGCUUGAAGAUAGCCAAGGAUCUAAUGCGCCUAAGCGAGGGAAGCUGAAUCUUGGUUAUGAAGAGGGACAAGGACUUCCUCGUAGGGCUACUGCGAGUACGUUCUCUCAUAACGACUAUACGGUUGGGUGGAUCUGCGCCCUUCCCCUGGAGAUGACUGCGGCUAUAGCCAUGUUGGAUGAUAUCCACCCUGACUUGCACAACUAUCCAAACGAUCAUAACACCUAUAUGCUGGGGAAGAUAGGUGUUCACAAUGUUGUCGUUGCCUGCUUGCCUUCAGGCGUCUAUGGUACGACAUCUGCCGCUGCAGUAGCAAAUCAGAUGCUGUCUAGCUUCAGGUCGAUACGUAUCGGCUUGAUGGUGGGCAUCGGAGGAGGAGUACCUCAUGAACACGCCGAUAUUCGCCUCGGUGAUGUCGUGGUUAGCAAACCUACAGAGAGCUUCGGGGGAGUAGUACAAUAUGAUUAUGGCAAAACCGUCGGGGAAGGAGGCUUCAAACAUACCGGAACGUUGAAUAAGCCGCCUCAAGAACUCUUAACAGCGAUUUCUAAGCUGCAAGCGUAUCAUAGGCUGAAGCCCAGCCGGAUACCGGAGUACCUGUCUGAGAUGGUAGCCAAAUAUCCUACAAUGAUACCGGAGUCCUCAUAUCCCGGUCGACAGCAAGACCGGUUGUUCGAAGCUCAAUACGAGCAUAUCGACCCAGAAGGUGCCUGUGAUAACUGUGACUCGAGCAAACUCGUGACUCGAUCUUCUCGAGAUGGAAAUGAUCCUGUGAUUCACUACGGGCUGAUCGCGUCUGGCAACCAAGUAAUGAAGCAUGGAGGUACAAGAGAUAAGUUGGCCCAACAGCUCGGUAUCCUCUGUUUUGAAAUGGAGGCUGCCGGAUUGAUGGACUCCUUUCCGUGUCUGAUCAUUCGGGGAAUCUGCGAUUACGCAGAUUCACAUAAGAACAAACAAUGGCAGCGCUACGCAGCAGCAACAGCAGCAGCAUAUGCUAAAGAACUCCUUUCCGUGAUCCCUGUGAGCCAGAUCACAAAAACCUCAACCGUUGUCAAGAUCAGUGAGGAACAUAAGGUUGCGUUCAGUCUUAGGGGACUCCCCUUAGUAAAUCAAUUUGUGCCACGCGAUGUAGAGAUGUCGUGCCUCGAAGAAUUUUUCCGUCCAGAGAGCCUCGACCCUACCUCUCGCAAAUUAUUUGUUAUCUAUGGGCUCGGUGGCAUCGGCAAGACACAGCUAGCCGUCGAGUUCGCUCGCAAGCAUCAGAGAAAAUUCAGCGCGGUGUUCUGGCUGGAUGGAUCGUCCAAAGACAAACUACGGCAAUCGUUUGUGGAUGCUGCGUACAGGUUACCUCAAGGCCAACUGACGGCAAACAUCCCCGAGGCCUUGCAGCAGUCAAAAAUUAGUGCUGAUAUUAUAGGAAAGGGCGUCCUUCAAUGGUUGGCCUUGCCAUCUAAUCAACGGUGGCUGCUGAUCAUCGAUAAUGUGGAAUACGACCAUUGUUGGAACGAGAGAGACUCCGAGGCGUACGAUCUGAAAGAGUACCUUCCCCAAGCUGAUCAUGGAUCAAUCCUAAUCACCAGCCGGUUAGAAACUCUCACACGUAUCGGCAGUGGUAGCUUUAAGCUAGAGAAAGUCAACGACCAACAGGCAAUAGCAAUCAUAGAGAACAAUGCUGGGAGGCCGGUUCAUGGCUUGAUCAUCGAACGGUUGGACGGACUACCUCUUGCACUCACGCAGGCCGGAUCGUACUUACGGCAGACAAACAUGGCUGCAUCGGUCUAUAUCAAAUACUAUGAUGAGAAAUGGACAGAUCUCAUGAAGAAGGAAGCCCGGUUCCCCUUACAGGAGUAUAUUGACCAUAGUGUGCUUACGACCUGGGCGAUGUCGUAUGAGAAAGUGAAGAAUGAAAGUGAAGAAGCAGCAGGGCUGCUAAAGCUAUGGGGAUUCCUCGACCGUGAAGAUGUGUGGUAUGAUUUGAUUGCUUGUGGUUCGGCCCUGGAAACCGAUAACGUACCGGAAUGGCUGAAACGACUGGCGGAGAAUGAGCUCGAUUUCUAUGAGACUCUGGGACUUCUUUCGAGAUAUUCUCUUGUCGAUGCGAAAGAGGAGGUAUCAAGCCACUCGAUACAUCCAGUCCUGCAUAAGUGGUGCUAUCAUUUAGCAAACCAAAGGGAAGCGGAAGUGCUCGCUUGGCUUGCUGCAGGUAUUGUGGCAGAAAUGGUGCCAGACGAAUCUGAACCUGAGUACUGGAGACUCGAAAGGCGUCUGUUACCACAUGGAAACUGGGUGUUCCAAAUGAUUGAGAAGGGUGGUUUGGAGGGGUUCAAUGGACUUCAAUUAGCCUUGAAUGCUUGUGUCUGCUUUCGACUGGGAUUUUUGUUUAGUCGCCAAGCUAAGUUGGACGAGACAGAGAAGAUGUUCCAGUGGGCACUACGGGGAUGGGAGAAGGAGUUCGGCCCAGAGCACACAUUAACAUGUCUUGCUCUCAACAACUUGGGUAUCGUCUACGACGAUCAAGGCAAGCUGGCCGAUUCAGAAAUGAUGCUCCAGCGGGGCGCUGCAGGGAUAUCGGAAGAUGCUCGGUUCAGAGAGCACACCUCUCGAGACAGGCCAAUAUUCCGGCUGAUUUUCCCGGGCAGGGAGAAUGCGUUAUUGCUAGAGCACGCAGCAACGGUCAACAACUUGGGGAACCUAUACAAGCGUCAAGGCAAGCUAACCGAGGCGGAGAGGAUGUACACGCAGGCAUUGCAAGCGAAGAAGGUGUUAGGUCCGGAGCACAAAGCAACACUAGACACAGUCACCAACAUGGGAAACCUUUAUGAGAAUCAAGGCAGGCUGGCCGAAGCGGAGCAGAUGUACCAUCAGGCAUUGCAGGGAUACGAGAGAACUCUGGGUCCGGAGCACAUAUCAACACUCCUUGUGGUCAACAACUUGGGCACCAUGUACGGGAAGCACGGCAAGCUAACUGAGGCUGAGCAGAUGUACCAUCGGGCACUGCAAGGGUACGAGAAGACACUGGGUCCAGAGCACAAAACAACACUUGACACAGUUACCAACUUGGGAACCCUUUACAAGGAUCGGGGCAAGCUGGCUGAGGCAGAGCAGAUGUAUCAUCGGGCAUUGCGGGGAUAUGAGAAGGUGUUAGGUCCAGAGCACAAAGCAACACUUGACAUAGUCACUGACUUGUGGAAACUUUACGAAAACCAAGGCAGGCUGGCCGAAGCGGAGCAGAUGUUCCGACGGGUAUUGCGAGGAUACGAGGAGAUGCUGGGUUUUGCGGUAUAG